UCGGGUGGGUGGGCUUGGAAGGCCGGCGCUCCCGACGGAAUGGUGUUCUCGAACUACAGCUGCCUCCAGCGGGCCCAGCUGACCUUCGACUAUCUGCACACUAACUCAACCACCCACGAAUUCUUGUUUGGGGCCCUUGCAGAACUUGUAGAUAAUGCUAGAGAUGCUGAUGCCACAAGAAUAGAUAUCUUCACUGAACACAGAGGCGGCCUGCGAGGCAGGUUCAUGCUGUGCUUUUUGGAUGAUGGUGCAGGAAUGGACCAACACGAUGCCACCAGUGUGAUUCAGUUUGGAAAGUCCGCCAAACGUUCGCCUAAAUCAACUCAGAUCGGACAAUAUGGGAAUGGCUUGAAAUCGGGCUCCAUGCGAAUCGGGAAGGAUUUCAUCCUCUUCACCAAGAAAGACCACAGCCUGACCUGCCCCUUCUUGUCUCACACGUUUCACGAGGAAGAAGGCAUCGAUGAGGUCAUUGUUCCACUGCCUUAUUGGCACGUCCGAACCAAGGAGCCCCUGACUGACAACAUGGAGAAAUUUGUCCUCGAGACUGAGCUGAUUUACAAGUAUUCCCCCUUCAAGUCGGAGGAUGAAGUGAUGGAGCAGUUUAACAAGAUUUCCAGAGAGAACGGGACCUUAGUGAUCAUCUUCAACCUCAAACUGAUGGAUAAUGGUGAGCCGGAGCUGUAUGUGAGCUCUGACCCCCACGAUAUUUAGUUGGCUGAAACCCCACCAGAGGGAACGAAGCCGGAGCGCCGUUCCUUCCGGGCGUACGCCACUGUGCUCUACAUCUAUCCCCGGAUGAGAAUCUUCAUCCACGGUCACAAAGCGAAAACCAAGCGCCUCUUGCCUAGGAUGUACAAAUGCUCUUCCAAGCGGUUCAAGACCCGAGCAGAGCAGGAAGUGAAGAAAGCAGAGCAUAUGGCUCAGAUUGCAGAAGAAAAGGCCCGAGAAGCUGAGAACAAGGCCCGGGCUUUUGAGCUGCGCCUGGGAGGAGACUUCAACAAGGAGUCCAGGAUCAUGCUCCGCCAAAUCCAGGAUACAGCCAUCACCUUGUGCCAAGAGGCCGAUGUGAAGAAGAGAAUCAAGGAAGCCAAACAGAGGGCCCCGAAGGAGCCCAAAGAACUGAACUUCAUCUUCAGUGUCAACAUCGAGCAGCGGCACUUGGACGGGAUGUUUGUUUAUAACUGCAGCCAUCUUAUUAAAAUGUAUGAGAAGGUGGGCCCUCAGCUGGAAGGUGGCAUGGCCUGUGGCGGUGUGGUGGGAGUGGUGGAUGUUCCCUACCUGGUGCUGGAGCCCACCCACAACAAGCAGGACUUUGCCGACGCCAAGGAAUACCGGCACUUGCUGAGGGCCAUGGGUGAACACUUGGCCCAGUAUUGGAAGGAUGUGGAAAUUGCUCAGAAAUUGCUCUGCUGAUUACUUGACAUUCAGGGCUCCUCCCUACCUAAUGUGAC